CAGGCCCCCAUGCAGGCCCCGCCCAGGCUCAGCUCUCGCAGGUUGUCGCGAGGUUUGAGGCCGCGGGCCCGGCCCGGGCGGCUGCAAUAUGGCGGAGGCGGAAGGAGAGAGCCUGGAGUCCUGGCUGAAUAAGGCCACCAAUCCUUCCAACCGCCAGGAGGACUGGGAAUACAUAAUCGGCUUCUGUGAUCAGAUCAACAAGGAGCUGGAAGGGCCACAGAUCGCUGUCCGACUGCUGGCCCAUAAGGUCCAGUCCCCACAGGAAUGGGAGGCGGUCCAGGCCCUGACGGUGCUGGAGGCGUGUAUGAAGAACUGUGGGCGGAGAUUUCACAACGAAGUGGGAAAGUUCCGGUUUUUGAAUGAGUUGAUCAAAGUCGUCUCUCCAAAGUACCUGGGGGACAGGGUGUCUGAGAAAGUGAAGACCAAGGUUAUUGAGCUACUUUAUAGCUGGACGUUGGCCCUGCCAGAAGAAUCAAAGAUCAAAGAUGCCUACCACAUGUUGAAGAGACAGGGCAUAGUGCAGUCUGACCCACUGAUCCCUGUGGACAGGACACUGAUCCCCUCUCCACCACCUCGUCCCAAAAACCCUGUGUUUGAUGAUGAGGAGAAAUCCCAGCUUUUAGCCAAGUUGUUGAAAAGCAAAAACCCAGAUGACCUGCAAGAGGCCAACAAGCUGAUCAAGUCCAUGGUGAAGGAAGACGAGGCACGGAUCCAGAAGGUGACCAAGCGCCUGCACACUUUGGAGGAGGUUAAUAACAACGUGAAGCUGCUCAGUGAGAUGCUGCUUCAUUACAGCAAGGAGGACUCGUCAGAGGCAGAUAAAGAGCUCAUGAAGGAGCUGUUUGAUCGGUGUGAGAAUAAGAGGCGGACAUUAUUCAAACUAGCCAGUGAGACAGAGGACAAUGACAAUAGUUUGGGGGACAUCCUGCAGGCAAGUGACAACCUCUCCCGAGUCAUCAACUCAUACAAAACAAUCAUUGAAGGGCAGGUCAUCAAUGGUGAGGUGGCCACCUGGCUCAAGGGGAUUCUAAAUGGUUCUCCAGCUUCCCAGAGGGCAGGGGGUCGGAUAGGGCUUUCUCCACCUGCUUUCACUUUUCUACUUGGCAUGAGUGCCCUUGGGUUAGGCCAGAGGCUGCAUAGCCACUCCAGUGCCCCUAAUGAUUCCUGUCCCCUUCCAUUCACUCCUCUAGGACACCACUCCAGGAACCAAGGCACUCUCAUUGACCUUGCAGAGUUGGAUGCACCGGGCAGCUCAACCCCCGUUUUGGCCCCCGCCCCACCCUCCUCUGGCAUCCCCAUCCUCCCUCCACCCCCCCAGGCCUCAGCUCCUGGGCGCAGCCGCUCGUCCAGCCAGGCGGAGGCCCCCCCAGGGCCCAACAACACAAGCAAUGCCCUCUCCUUGCUGGAUGAAGAGCUGCUCUGCUUGGGCCUUGCUGACCCAGCCCCUACGGCUCCUCCCAAAGAGUUAGCUGGAAACGGCCAGUGGCCCCUGUUCCAGAACGAACAGUCGGACCUGGACUUCUUCAGCCCCAAACCUGGGACUGCUGCUUGUAGCCCCUCAGAUGGGCCUGUCCUCCAGCCCUCAGCAACCCCUGCAGGCACCUCCCAGCCUCCACUGCCACCCCCCUUCCCAGCUCCUGUGGUCCCAGCCAGCGUUUCUGCUCCAAAAACAGGCUUUUUGUUCCCCACUGGACUGGCCCCAAAGGCUGAGCCCACAGCCCCCGGGUACCAUGGCUCAGCUUUGAGCGACAGCUCCCUGCACCAGUUGGAUGCCCUCGAUCAGCUUUUAGAAGAAGCCAAAGCGACCUCAGGCCUGGUGAAACCCAUCUCCUCCAGCUUCUUCCCUGGGGCCACCGCCUCCCCUCUGAUCCCCAGCAGCACCUCAGCUAGGCCUCUCCUGCCGUUCUCCACGGGGCCUGGCAGCCCUCUCUUCCAGCCACCUGUCUUCCCGUCCCAGGGGAGCCCCAUGAAGGGGCCUGAGCUUUCCCUGGCCAGUGUCCAUGUCCCCCUGGAAUCUAUCAAGCCUAGCAGUGCCCUUCCUGUGACAGCCUAUGAUAAAAACGGCUUCCGCAUCCUCUUCCACUUCGCCAAGGAAUGUCCACCAGGACGGCCCGAUGUGCUGGUGGUGGUUGUGUCCAUGCUGAAUACAGCUCCUUUGCCUAUAAGAAGCAUCGUGCUGCAGGCCGCAGUGCCCAAGUCAAUGAAGGUGAAGUUGCAGCCACCCUCUGGGACGGAACUCUCUCCAUUUAGCCCCAUCCAGCCACCUGCAGCCAUCACCCAGGUCAUGCUGCUGGCGAAUCCACUGAAGGAGAAGGCAAGGCUUCGGUAUAGGCUGACCUUCGCCCUUGGGGAGCAGCUGAGCACAGAGGUGGGUGAGGUGGACCAAUUCCCUCCGGUGGAGCAGUGGGGGAACCUAUGACCCUGAAGGAUGCGGUCAUCUCCACUUGGAAGCCCAAAUAGGCUGCCCGAGACAGACAGGAGGGCUCUCCGGGUCAUCAUUCUCCGUGUCCUGACCACAGUGCUGGAGCUUUGGUAUGGAACAGGGGCCCUGGGCAUUGCUGCCAGGAGCUCAACUGUGAUGGUCUCUCCUUUGGCCCCUUAAAGGACCUGUUUUUAUCUA